AUGCAAAGAGAAGAGGCUGCUACUGCUAAAGUAAUACAAAAGGAGGUUGCAAAGAAGAAACAAACUACUGAGUUUUAUGCCCUUCACAGCUCUUUAAUUAUCACCAUCACAACCUCUGAAGCUGCAGCAGCAGUCAUUCUUCCUUCGACAUUGGCUUCUUCAGCCUCAAAAGGAAUAAGGAAGUCUCAUACUGAAGUGCCAAUGAACAUUGUGAUCAUGUGCUGGGCAGAGCUUGUGGAGAAUGAAGUCAAAGUGAGAGACUGGACAGAAGUGGAUAGCGAAUUGCUCAGUGUUAGAGCAGGCUUAAGGAGGAGCGGCAAGAGUUGUAGAAUGCGAUGGAUGAACUAUCUACGUCCCAAUCUUAAGCACGGUCGACUGAGUGCAGAAGAAGAGAGGAUCAUUCUUCAACUUCACAAGCAAUGGGGUAACAAAUGGUCAAAAAUUGCUCGAAGGUUGCCUGGAAGAACUGAUAAUGAGAUAAAGAACUACUGGAGAAGUCAUUUGAGAAAGAAUGCACAAGUCCGAGAGCAAGUAAAUUAUGCUCUUGGGGCUCUGUAUUAUCUGUGUAAUGGUUCUAACAAGGAAGAGAUAUUGAAGCCAGAGGUGGUGGAUGUCAUCAGAAGGUAUGCAGCAGCUGGUGCAGUUAGUGUAAGCUUCAGUAAUCUAGCUCAGGCAUUUCUAGAUAAGCACGUUGAUGAACACGAGUGA